AUGUCUCCUCCUCCUCCACCCCAGCAGAUCUCCCAGGAGUCCAUCGAACACAGUACCCCAAUCAGUCCAGCUAAGCAACCGACGCCCAAGAGCACACACAGACGACAAUCAUCCAAGCACAACGACCUCGCUCGGAAUAUGGAUUUCCUCAAGAGGCGCCGGGAAGCGCGCCAACAGCAAGAAACGGCCAAAGGACCGGAAGGGGAUACGACUGGCUUUUUCUCAGACAUGACCGUGCCAGAAGCGAGCUCUCAACCGCCAAACCUGAGCGAUGCAUCGUUGCCUUCCCCUGGCGAGGUUAUUCGAAACCCUCAUGGUGUCACUAUGCCUCGGGAGAUCGCCCAAACACCCGACGAGGAUAUGCAAUAUCCACCUCAUGAUAACGAUGACACCCUCCUCAACGACGGCGAGGAGCUGGACCUGGGCAGUUACAGACGUUACGAGCUCAUGCAAUCAACCAGCCCCCCUGGUUCCGAGCGGGCUCGUCAAAACUACAACCGGGGCCGCUGGUUCGACUCCUCACCGCGGAACCAAUUCACGUCAAUCAAUGAGCCACAGCAACGACGUACACUUCUCGACCAGCAAGAACACCGCACACGAAUCAACUUUUCCUCCGAAGAUGAGAGCCAGCUUACCGAAAAGCGUAUGUCUCAAAAAAGCCCGGCAAAACAAGAGACAGCGAAGAGGCGACACGACGAGGUAGAGAAUGACUCUGACAAUGAUGAUUCUGAUGAUGCGUUUGACCCACCCGAGUCCAAGAUGGUUUUGGUCUCCAAUGGAGCCAGCAAACUUCUCGAAAUAUCCAACAAGAGACAGCGUAUAAACACCACGGAUGAGGAUUCUAGCGCGGCAGAUCAGCUCCACGAUGACUUGAGAGCCACCCGUGAUACCAACCAGACCCAGAGAAAAACGUCGAGGCAGCCAGCAUCCACACAAGUCCAAUCACCCGAACCUGAGUCUUCUCGAAUUGCCCGUGCCCGAAGCGAAGCUGUGAACCCACCACCGAGCCAGUCUCGCUGGAGCCAGGCAAACGAUCCCUCGUCGGCUACAAUUACAGCUGCGAACAUGAGAAGAAGAUGGACGGCAGAUGAAAACGAACGCCUCAUUCAACUUAUUGGUCGACAUGGCAGCGCCUGGGCACAGAUCAAGGCGCAAGACGACAUUUGUCCGAGGUCGGAAGGGGGUCCAAAAUUACAAGGUCGGACCCAGGUUAAUUUGAAGGAUAGGGCGAGAAAUCUCAAGAGGGCGUGUGAAAGAGAGGGUACGCCGUUGCCGAAGAACUUCGAGUUCAUUAAAUCCUGA